AGAGGUGGCGGGAUAUGCUCUGCGUCCGGACUCCUAUUUUUUCCGUAGGGUGGGGGUUGUGGGGAAGGGGAGAGAGAGCAAAGACUCCACGGUAUCUUAGCCGGCAGCGAUAUGGAAGUGGCGGCGGUGAUCGUCGGUGACGGCGUCCACUUCUCUAGGCAUAUCAUGCGCAACCACUCCCAUAUCCCCGCUACCCUAACCGUCCUUGCGAUCUCCCCAUCAUCCAUACUCCCCGUCGACUCUUCCUCUUCACUGCGUGCUACCGUCCGAUCGGACCCCUUCCGCCCUCCUGCCGCUGUUCCGCGAGCUCUCGUCCGCCGGAUACGACGCAUCCGCCGCCGCAGCUCCACCGAAGGUGGCGACGAGGACGGCUUCUUCGAUGGUGGCGAUGGCGACGACGGUCCGUUCGGCGGCGGAAAUGGGGGUGGUAAGGGAUGGGAUUCUUGGCGGCCUGGGGGAUCGGAGUGGGAAGACCCGGAUCGGCGGCUGUGGUAUUCUUUGUCGGAGGAUCCCGCCUUCGAUGUUAUUUAUGAGGUACUUUGCUGGAUUGCGCUCUCUAAUUGUGCUCAUUUCGCUUUUAAGAAGAUGAGCCAACUCCUAGCGGAAAGGUGGAAAGAUUUGUCAAUCAGAUCGGUUUUGCCUUUCUGCUGAACUCGCAAUCACUCAAUUUGGUGCCGAUUGCCCAUCGAUUUGUCUUUCUCAUUCUAAUCUUGUAUAAAUGCUCGCUCUGUACAUAAUUUUAUAUAUCGCUUUCUUUCUUCUCUGGUC